CAUUUCUUUUCUGCGCCGCCGACAAACAGAUUAUCGGAGAAACCUAACCCGGCGGAGGAAACCAUGCGUCGUCACUCAGCAAUCGCUCUCCGAAACUUAUUCUCCAGAAGCUCUCUACGAAUCUCUCAGAAUCUAAGCGCUACCUCUUCUCCAGCUAUUGUAAACUCGCUUGGCGAUGUCUCCGGUCGUAUCCGUUCUCCAUGUUCGACAUCCAAUCUCAUCAAAGCAUCAUUCGGUUCAAUGAUCCAGAGGAGAUUCAGCACCGCUGGCUCGCCGCCAGAUGUGAACAAGGUGGUGGACGAGAUCAAUCUGAAGUUUGCGGAGGCGCGUGAGGAGAUAGAAAUGGCGAUGGAUGCGAAGGAGACGGUUUACUUCAACGAGGAGGCGGAGUGCGCGAGAGCAGCCGUGGCGGAGGUUAUGGAGAUGUUCGAGGGUUUGCUCGGGAAGGUAACGGAGGAAGAGAAAUCGUCUUUGCAGCGAUCCAUGGGGUUGAAGAUGGAACAGCUCAAAGCUGAGCUUCAACAGCUUAACGAAUGAUCGAUUGAUUAUGAUCUUUGAUUAUGUGAAGAACGAAGAGGUUAGCAGAACAUUUCCUCUACGGUAUUAUUACCGAACCAUUGUUCUUGUCUUAUUCAAUAAAUGUACUCGUUACCGACCAGCUUCGUUGUGUGUUUUUUGAUCUUUACAUAGAUACACAUCUUCUGUUAAAGGAACAAGCUUUUUAAGAGGAA